AUGGGUAACAGGAGACAUGCCGGUUCAAAUGCAAGCUUUGCGAAAAGGAGACGAAAAAUGAAAGAAGGAUUAGAUACUAAAAAUCCCAAUGAAGAUAAUCGUAGUUCUUACGAAACAACAAUACGAGACAAUGAAAAAUUCGUACAGUAUUAUAAGAUGCAAAAUAUUUGUUCAGAAGAUGAAUGGAACACAUUUUUAGAAGUAUUAAAAACUGAUUUACCUACUUCAUUUCGCAUUACUGCUAGCUGUGACGUAGAAGCAAAAAUACUGUUGAAAUUAGUUGAAGGAGUCUUUUUUACAGAUUUGCUCAAAGGAGAGCUAAAUGAUGAACAAAAAAAUAGUAAACCUUUUUGUUUACCAUGGUAUCCACAACGAUUGGGAUGGCAAUUGAAAAUCACUCGUAAAGAUAUUCGUGGUUCAGAAGCAUACUAUCGCUUACAUAAUUUUCUAAUUUCUGAAACUGGAAAUGGUAAUAUUUCUAGACAGGAAACAGUCAGCAUGAUUCCACCUUUGCUAUUGGAUGUACAACCCAGUGAUAAGGUAUUAGAUAUGUGUGCUGCUCCUGGUUCUAAAACUGCACAACUUAUUGAAGCUUUGUAUUCAGGUUCUACUUCUUCUGUUCCAGAUGGAUUAAUUAUGGCCAAUGAUGUUCAUAAUGCAAGGUGUUAUAUGUUAGUUCAUCAAGCUAAAAGAUUAAAUAGUGCAAAUGUUGUUAUUACAAAUCACGAUGCUACAGUUUUACCUGUUAUGAAUUUGGAUGAAAAUGGAGAUACUAUGCUUAAGUUUGAUAAAAUAUUAUGUGAUGCACCAUGUUCUGGCGAUGGUACAUUAAGAAAGAAUGCAGAUAUUUGGACUAAGUGGAGUCCCGGAAAUGCAAACAACUUGCAUGGAAUACAGUUUCGUAUACUUAAGCGUGGAUUAGAACUGUUAAAUGUUGGAGGGCGUUUAGUUUAUUCAACUUGUUCAUUUAAUCCAGUUGAAAAUGAAGCAGUGGUUCAGCGAAUGAUGACUGAAGCUCAAGGUAGUGUUGUUAUUAUAAGCGCUCAUGAUAAACUCCCAGGCUUAAAAAUAGUUAAUGGUCUUUCUAAGUGGAUAGUUGUAUCAAAGGAUUUGGAUGUAUAUAAAACUUUUGAAGAAGUUCCAGAAAAAUGGAACACCCAAAUUAGGCCACAAAUGUUUCCUCCUAAGGAAGAUAUAUAUAAUCUGGAUAAAUGUAUUCGUAUACUACCUCAUCAUCAAGAUACUGGAGGGUUUUUCGUAACUCUUAUGGAAAAAAUUAAACCAUUGCCAUGGGAAACAUGUAUAAAACAAACUGAUGAAGUUGUUGAUGAAGUAAAAGUCAAUAACUAUAAGAGAAAACCAAAAAAAAGGAGAUACCAAGGAUAUAAAGAAGAUCCGUUUAUAUUUUUAACUGUUGAUGAUCCUGUUUGGCCAGAAAUUAGAGAUUUUUACGAACUCAAUAAUUUCCCCAUUGAAUGUUUACUUACAAGAUGUUCUGUGGGUAAAAAAAAAAAUAUCUACUAUACGUCGACAUCUGUAAAAGAUAUUGUAAAGAAUAAUCAAGACCGUGUAAAGAUUAUCAAUACUGGUGUUAAAACGUUCGUCCGCUGUGAUAAUAAAUCAAUGGAAUGUAACUUUAGGCUUGCUCAAGAGGGUUUGGCUGGAAUAUCUUCCUUUAUUGGACAAAAAAGGCGAUUACAAUUAACACGUACGGAGUUGAUAACUGUGCUGAAAAAUCCAACAAUUCAAGUUACUUCUUUAGACCAGGCCACAAAAGAUAUACUAGACAAUUUUGGUGUUGGUAGUUGUAUUCUGAACAUGGUGGACAAAGAUUUUCCAAUUGAGCUAGUUGGCUGGAAAGGAUUUUCAACUCUCAAAGCUUAUGUAAAUGGUGAAUGUAGAUUACACUAUUUGAGAUUACUUGGAGUUGAUGUCUCAGAAUUUGACGUGAAUAAAUUUAAGAAAGAAAAUAAUGAGGAUGGACCAGAAGACAAAAGUGGAAUUUGUUUAGAUGAAGUUCCAGAAGUUCAAAUUAAAGAAGAAUUUAUACAAAGUGAAAAAUCAGAAUAA